UCGGUGCUAGUGAUCACCGAAAGUUGAGCAAGGCGCGCGCUCGCGGUGUCACGUGGGCUUGGCGUCUAUGUCUCCUCAAAUACCAUCUCGUUUUGCUCGAGACUACCUGCUGGCUUACGUCUAAUACACUCUAUCUUAGGGCCAGUUUAGUCCUAUUCACAGUUGUUGGAAGAUCUGGCUUUAUGGAUUGCUAGCUCAUAUUAGCUUUUUGCACUUAGGGAUGACAUCACCUCGUCUAUCGUAAGUAAUCACCCAGCAACAAUCCACUUACAGUCCAGACUUCACUGCGCUCGAAUAAAAGACCCGAGUUCUAACCAUACGAGGCACAUCAAUAUCAAGUUAACUUGAUAUCACACGUGAUGCCUGGCGCACUUGGAACCACAGCACUCCCUCUCUGGCCGGCUCUGCUAUUUUCCUAUCUCGAGCCCAUAUCCCUUGUGAUUGGAGCCCACGCAGCAACUACAUCCCCCUCCAACUUCGUCACCUCCCAAGUCCCUAGCUAUGACUCAGCAGAUUUCGUCACACCAGCUGUGAUCAUUCUUGCAUACACGCUAGGCAGCCUCUUUCUUCUCCUCGCUGGCUAUGCGUUGACAUGUACUGUGCUCACGAAAGAUGCCAACGUUACAAAGUACUACCUGAUGUUUGCGGCGUGCGGGGAUGUAGGGCAUCUUGCUGCUAACUAUGCGGGCAUGGAAGACAAGAUUUUUUGGGCCUGGAGAGACUGGAACGAGGUCAUGUGGGGUAAUAUUGCUAUAACUGUGUUUUUGUUGGUGAAUCGUCUGGCUACAUUGGGCUGGGUAUUUGGAAGGCCUGGAUGGGCUAUGGUGGAACAACAGAAGGUGGUGUAAGUUUGUCUGUACUAUAAACCUGUGAUGAAACAACGAGUGUGGCUGCUGUCAAAACAAGUCAAGGGUCUAUGAUCUAGGUACUGGACAAGGGCGUUAGGCAGUAAGGCAAAGAGACUUUGCGGAACAAGGAGAUGUCAGAGCACGCACUAGAACUACGGCGAACCCAAUGCAGUUGACACAGGAAUAUCGAUGAUGGCCUAUCAGAUCGAAAGUCGCUAGGUCAAGGGCAAGCUGCAAGGAAGGACAGUGAGAUAUGAUUAGGGCAAGACCAUCUACAUAGACGCUCCAGUGAGCGAGUAAAAGUUGUUGGUUGUACAAGAUUUCAACGUCAAUUCAACUGUGCAC